ACACGUGCUCGACACGGACGGAUUUUAACCUGUGUGAUUUGCAUCGUGGCAUGCGGUGUUCAAAUAAACGGGUUUUGCCAAUUUUGUCAUUUAUCCGUUUUUUUUACAAAAGUUUUGUAGGGUUUUUUGAAAAAUGUUACUUGAGAAUUUAACGCUUUUAUGUGAUCGGGGUGACCAGUACAGAGCAGAGUUUGCUUCGUUCCUUGGAUCGAAGGAAUUGAGUAAAACUGAACAUGACAAUGUAUUGGAAUCAUUAUGCAAAUUAUUGAUGCAACCAGAGUGUGCCAAAGAUGUUGCUGAGUGUUUUCCACAGUUAUUACUAGUCCUUUUGUCGUUAGCCAUUGAGGUGGAUCAUUCUAACAAUUCAGAUUCUGUUGAUCCUGAAUGCUGCCACAGAUUAAAUUCAGUGAUCCUGGGAAAGCUUAUUCGUAUAAAUCCAGAUGUACUUGGAUUCACCCUGAAAUAUUUCGAAGUAAAUUCAGCACCAUUUGAGAACUUGACAAAUAGUUUGUCUAGACCAUCAAAGAGACAUAGACCAAAUCAAAAUAGAUAUGUAUCAGUGGUAUCUGAUUACGACAUUGUGCUGGCUUGUUAUAAUAUCUUGAGAGCUGCUACUGAUCACUUCAAACAUAAGUGGAAUUGGUCAAAGUUCUACAAAUUCUUAUUGAGCAACGACAAUAAAGUAAAAUGGGUAGCAUUAAAGUGUAUCGCAAUCGUACUGGAUAUGUCAGAAGCAUUGCGUUUGGCCUGUGCCAAAUCUUUGGUCGAAGAUUAUCAAAGUUUCCUGAUAGAUUACGAACACACGCGAGUAUCCCCAAUAUCUCCAGUGUCUGAUAAUUCAUUAAAAGAAGUAAACGAGAUAGUUAAAGAUGUACCAACAGUUGCAUCUGUAGCAGGAGUUCUGUUACCAGUCCUCCAUAGAAACAGACCGAAAACACAUCACAAUCUAAUACCAGUACCAUCGAUGGAAGAGAAUUUAAGAAGUUUAGCUCUUGCGGUGGCAUCCAGAAAAUGUGUAUGUCUACAAGGACCAGUCGGUUGUGGAAAAACAGCACUGAUCGAGUAUCUGGCCGAAAUAACAGGACACGGGACAGAGAACUUCACAAAGGUUCAACUUGGAGAUCAGACGGACUCAAAAAUGCUGCUUGGUACUUACCGAUGUACUGAUAUACCCGGAGAAUUCAUAUGGCAACCAGGUGUGUUAACUCAGGCAGUAACUGCCGGCAAAUGGCUCCUACUGGAAGACAUCGACAGCGCUGCCCUGGACGUAGCAAGUGUUUUGAGUAAUUUAAUAGAGACGGGUACACUAUCAGUGCCAGGAUAUCGAGAUAUAAUUUACGUAAAGAGCGGCUUUCAAUUAUUCGUCACUCAAAGACUGAUCACCUCAGCAUCCGGUGUGCACAGACAGCCUUCCGGUGCAUCGAAUUUACUUGAGAAAAAUUGGCUUCGCGUUAACAUGGAGCCUCUAUCAAGGGAUGAACUAGUAACCGUCGUACAGACGUUAUUCCCAGUACUGAAUACAAUAGCUACAAGAAUGGUAGAUGUUUUCUUGCUCUUCUCCAUGGGCCAUCAUGGCACAGAUGAUGGUAGCAGAGAAAGCUUAGCUUUAAAAACCGGAAGACUAACUUCUACCAGGGAUCUAAUGAAGUGGUGUUCAAGAGCCAUUAAGGACUUCAUGGUUUCUUCACCAGAAUCAGCCCUGAAGAUAUUCCAAGAUGCCAUCGAUAUAUUCUGCUGCUCGGUGCCAGACCAGGGACAACGAUUGAAUUUGGCAAUCGCCAUAGGCCACACGUUAGGUAUCGUCAAAACAAAAGCUCAAUACUUUUGCCACACGCACAAGCCAUCGAUAAUUCUGCAGCCAGACUUCCUGAUAGGUGGACGCUCCAAAGUUCCCCGGAAACGGAAGCACUACGCGCAGCUUGAUAAUGUGAAACUUAAUUUUUCCUUCACAAGACCAUCCGCUUGCUUACUCGAACGUAUCGCCAGUUGCGUAGCUCAGAAAGAACCUGUAUUGCUAGUUGGCGAGACUGGUACAGGUAAAACAAGUUCUGUACAAUAUCUAGCACGAAGCACUGGACACAAAUUAGUCGUUAUCAAUAUGAAUCAGCAGAGUGAGAGUGCUGAUCUCUUAGGAGGAUACAAGCCAGUUGAUUUUAAGUUCUUAGUAACACCUAUCCGAGAAGAGUUUGAGAUGCUAUUCAGAUCUUACUACGCUGUAGAACCAAAUAGAAAAUUUUUGGAGCACGUAGCACUGUGCUACAAGCAGCACAAGUGGAAAACUUUAGUGCAAUUGAUGAUACACAGUACAAAUGCAGCUGUAAAGAGAUUGAGAAAUAAAAUGUCAGAAUAUCAAAGCGGUGUCCAUGGUUCCAUUGGUAAGAGACGUAGUCUGGUGUCCAUCGAUGGAGGCAACAAAAAUGAAGGAGACUGCGAAAGCAAGUUAGAAAUGUUAACUAGAUGGAAUAAGCUAGCUCUCAAAUUAGAGAAACUCUCGUCUCAAGUGAGGACUCAGUAUUCACUGGCAUUUGCAUUCAUAGAGGGCAGUUUAAUAAAAGCUCUACAGGAAGGAUACUGGGUUUUAUUGGAUGAAAUUAAUUUAGCCAGCGCUGAGACUCUAGAAUGUCUAUCAGGAUUGCUAGAGGGUUCCUCGGGGUCGUUAUCAUUGCUAGAACGUGGUGAUAAGGAGUCGAUUAAAAGGCAUUCGGACUUUACAAUAUUUGCCUGUAUGAAUCCGGCAACUGAUAUUGGCAAGAAAGAACUUCCAGUGGGUUUGAGAAAUAGAUUCACUGAAUUCUACGUAGACGAGCUCACUGAACAAUCUGACUUACAAUUACUCGUGGGAUCCUAUCUGGGUGAAUUGAAUCUACCAACUGUCAAACAGGAAGCGAUAGUCAAAUUCUACUUGAAUGUUCGAAAGGAAGCUAUGGUAUCCUUAUUCGAUGGCACUGCUCAUAAGCCCCAUUACAGUUUAAGAACUUUAUGCAGAGCCCUCAGUGUUGCUGCUUCGAACCCUUGUUCAGCAACCCUGAGAUCCUUGUACGAAGCCUUCUGUUUGAGUUUCCUCACUCAACUCGAUCAUAAUUCCUAUCCGGUGGUCCAAGGAAUGAUAGUAAGAGCUAUCCUGGAUAGUAAAACGGCCAAAGGAAUUUUAUCAGCACCCAUACCCAAACCUAGAUCUGACCAGGAUGACGAUUACAUUAAUUUUGAAGGAUACUGGGUAGUCCGUGGCAAAAUGACACCAGAGACCCCUAAGAACUACAUCCUGACGGCAUCCGUUAGAAGAAAUUUGAAAGACCUGGUGCGCGUGGUUUCUAUUGGUAAAAUACCAGUUUUAUUACAAGGUGACACUUCAGUAGGAAAGACCAGUCUUAUCACAUACCUAGCCAAAGCUUCCGGUCACACUUGCGUCCGGAUCAAUAACCACGAGCACACCGAUCUCCAGGAGUACGUGGGAAGCUACGUAGCCGACGAGACAGGCAAGCUUGUAUUCCGCGAGGGUGUCCUGGUAGAAGCAAUGCGUAAAGGACACUGGAUCAUAUUGGAUGAGCUGAACUUGGCUCCUAGCGACGUCCUGGAAGCGCUCAACAGGGUCCUGGAUGAUAAUCGUGAACUCUUCAUACCGGAAACUCAACAGACUGUAAAGGCACAUGCGAAUUUCAUGCUCUUUGCUACACAAAAUCCACCUGGGUUAUAUGGCGGUCGCAAGGUCCUCUCCAGGGCCUUCAGGAACCGCUUCGUCGAGUUGCACUUCGACGAGAUACCAUCAAACGAAUUGCAAACAAUAUUGCACGAAAGAUGUCACAUGCCUGAAUCGUAUUGCAAACAAAUAAUUAACGUGAUGACUGAUUUACAAAUCAGACGCAAGAACACUGCUGCCUUUGCCGGAAAACAAGGAUUCAUAACUCUGCGUGAUCUCUUCCGCUGGGGUGAGAGGUACAGGCUUGCACCGGACGUGGGUCAGAAAUUGUACGACUGGAGUCAGCACUUGGCCGACGAAGGAUACCUGGUGCUUGCUGCCAAAGUAAGAAAACCUGAGGAAGCCGAUGAGAUCAGACAAGUCAUAAAGAAACAUCUGAAGAGGGACGUUGAUCCUGACACUUUGUUUACACUGAAUGAACGCACUUCCUCUGUAACCAGGCACAUCCUCGAGGAAAUAUUCAGCAAGGGUGCUCCAAGGUUCGAACACAUUGUGUGGACUUAUCAUAUGAGACGUAUGGCAGUCCUGGUGAAGAAAUCCUGUGAAUUUCGUGAACCGGUUUUACUAGUCGGUGAAACUGGCGGUGGUAAGACUACCAUAUGUCAAUUAAUAGCUGUCAUGAGCGGGCAGAAGCUUUAUAGCGUCAAUUGUCAUAUGCAUACUGAAUCCUCUGACUUUCUUGGCAAUCUUAGACCUGUCAGAGAACACAGUGAUCUUGAGAAUCAAAAACUGUUCGAAUGGGUUGAUGGACCUUUGAUAGAAUCUAUGCAGAAGGGAGGUAUAUUUUUAGCUGAUGAAAUCUCUCUGGCUGAUGACAGUGUACUGGAACGUUUGAAUUCUUUAUUAGAGCCGGAACGUAGUUUAUUAUUGGCUGAGAAGGGUAUAGAUUCAUCUGACGAGAGUGACAGUGUCAUAGUGGCUAAUGAGAACUUCCUGUUUAUUGGUACAAUGAAUCCUGGCGGUGACUACGGCAAGAAGGAAUUAUCACCUGCCUUGAGAAAUAGAUUUACUGAGAUUUGGUGCGAAGGAUGCACGAAGAGGAGCGACUUGCAAGAGAUCAUUGAACAUAAUUUAUCUAGGACGCUUGAAGCUGAUGCUGGAGUCAUUGCUAGGUCCAUGCUGGAGUUUGUUGAUUGGCUAAGCAGCUCUGAGGUUGGCAAGAGAUUUACAGUGAGCAUCAGAGACGUUCUUACCUGGGUGAAGUUUAUAAACGUAUGCACCAGCAAGCGUGGGAAUUUUCCAAAAUUAAAUAUUGGUGAUGCUUACUAUCAUGGAGCUUGCUUGACUUACAUCGACAGUCUUGGAUCUGGUUUAACUGGAAUGGAAAGUUCUGGAAAAUUGCAGCUGUUUAGGAAGAAUGCUUUGAGCUUUCUCAAGUCUCAAGUCGAGGGUCCACUGGGUUCAAAGUUAUCUGCAGACAUGGCUAUGGAGACUGAUACAAUAAUAGCUAAGAGGGCUGAUGAAUCUUUUGGAAUUGAACCAUUUUUCAUUCCAAAGGGACCAGGAAUUAUAACCGAGGACGAAUCAUUCACCUUCAUUGCGCCUACUACAGGAUCAAAUACUUUGAAACUUCUAAGAGGCUUACAAUUGGCUAAGCCAUUGUUAUUGGAAGGUAGUCCUGGCGUUGGAAAAACCAGUCUGGUAUCAGCCCUGGCCAAAGCAUCCGGUAAUACGUUACUCAGAAUCAACUUAAGUGAUCAGACGGACGUGUCGGAUCUCUUUGGGGCUGAUUUGCCUGUCGAGGGUGGACAGGGAGGAGAAUUUGCAUGGAGGGAUGGACCAUUUCUAAGAGCGCUGCGAGCUGGCCAUUGGAUUCUACUUGAUGAAUUGAAUUUGGCAUCUCAAUCCGUCCUGGAGGGUCUCAAUGCGUGUCUGGACCACAGAGGAGAGGUCUACAUCCCUGAAUUAGCGAAGACAUUUUCCGUCGAGCCUGGGACAAAAUUAUUCGCCUGUCAAAAUCCUCUUAGACAGGGUGGUGCCAGAAGAGGAUUACCCAAGUCGUUCCUGAAUAGGUUUACCCAAGUCUUCAUCGAUGCCUUGACUGAUAAUGAUCUGAAGUUCAUCACUGUUGCACAAUUUAAACAACUACCCACGGAUCUCAUCUCCAAGAUGGUGGACUUUAAUACCAAGUUAUCAUCCGAGGCUGGUGUUACCUGGGGUUACCAAGGUUCGCCCUGGGAAAUGAAUCUACGAGACAUCACCAGAUGGUGCGAGGCUACAGUCCAGUCUUGUCAGCCUCUUCCUGACGAAGAUUGCUAUUAUAAUCCUGGAAGAUGGGUGGAACUUAUUUAUAUAGACAGAAUGCGUACCCUGGAAGAUAAGCAAAAGGUUCGUGAGCUAUAUGCUGAACUGUUUCCUGUUGAGAAAUACCCUCUGCCACCUUCUCAACCUCUGAUCCACCUCACGGAAACUAAUUUGUACCUUGGGGAUGUAACGCUAACUCGAACCAACUCGUCAAUCUAUACUGACUCAAGUUUGUUGCUACUCAGAGAUCAGGUAGCAACAUUGAAGAGUCUUGCUCAGUGUGUCAAGAUGAAUUGGAUGUCGAUACUGGUGGGUGGAUCCGGAGUUGGAAAAAGCAGCGUGGUUCGCAUUCUGGCGCAGUUGGCAGGACGCAAGCUCAAGUCGAUAGCCGUGAACUCAGCAAUGGACACCACGGAAAUACUUGGUGGCUUCGAACAGACUGACUAUAACCGACACUUGGAGCAGAUUUUUGAGCAGGUGGAAAAUCUGCUGAAGGACAUUUGCAAAAAGAAGAUAAGCAAAGAAAGUCUAAAGGAUAUAGAGACCCAUCAGAGUUAUUUGGAGCAAAUACGAAAUCUCUCACAAGAUGCUGAGGAUUCCACGACGAUGUCAGCGGAGAGUGGUCUCUUCUUGAAAAAGUGUAAGGAAUUAUCUAGUCGGGUGAACGCCAUGGAAAAGCUGGAGCCGUCGAUGGAGUCUGAAUUGAAAAAAAUCGAAUUUAAAUUACACAAAUUAUCGCUGUUCGUCGAGCAGGAUAAGUCUUUGAAUGCUGGAGGAAAGUUUGAGUGGGUCGAUAGCGUCCUUGUGAAGUGCUUGCAAGAAGGCUCGUGGCUGUUGGUGGAUCAAGUUAAUCUUUGCAGCCCAGCUGUUCUCGAUAGACUUAAUGGAUUACUGGAACCUGCUGGCGUCCUUAGUAUAGGCGAACGUGGUGUUGAUAAUUCUGGAAAUAUUGUCACCGUAAAACCACACAAGGAUUUUCGUUUGUUCCUUACGAUGGAUCCACGUUACGGUGAAAUUUCCAGAGCAAUGAGAAACAGAGGAGUCGAAAUUUGUAUGCUUGGACACGGAGGCAAUUCCCAUGAGAAUUUAAUUGAUCUUAAAUCGAUGCUUUAUGACUCUGGAUUGACUAGAUCUUCGUAUCAAAAUACAUUGAUAGAGAUUCAUCAACAUGUGGUCAAUGAUAGUUUCACUGUUGAUAAACUCAGUGUGAUACAAUUGGUUCAGGCUGCUUUCCUGAUAAGUCAACAGAUAUCACGUGGAUUCCCAGUGAAGGAAGCUUUUCGUACUGCCUGUAUUGACGUUUACGUAAAAGCUCGAUCAUUGGGUCACUCGCAGAUAAAGGAUCGAUUGAUUUCAAGAAUCGAUGAAACAUUAAAUAACUUCACUGUUGAUAAUCAGAGCAAUGACGUGUAUCUUGACUUGGAUGCUGUUACUUUGAACGUUAACAAUCUUCAGGACAAUUCUAAAUUAACUUUAAUCAGACAGCAGGGAUCGUUGUUAUCUGCCAUUGUUAACAGAUACAAAUUUCUAUUAAAAUCUUCAACGGAGAGCACCGACGAUUCUGCAUUGACGACAGAAUUUUUAAAUGAAUUUUUUCAACUUGAAAACAUUCACGAAUUUACAUUACGUGUCGAACUCUUGGAAAUUCUACCGUACCUCCUGUUAAGCUUCUACGAGACGUCUUCCCUGGAUAACGUCAACCUGAGAAAUCAAUGGCUGGCAAAAAUAUUGAUUGACGAGGAAGCUUUAGAGAAGUUUAAUGCGAAAAGUGCUUCAUUGGCAAAGGAAAUAUCGACUUUUAAUUUUCAUUCCGUUGUAAACACACUGCCCUGGGAUCUUGCCCAAGUGCCAGGAGUUUCUACGGACGUGUCAAAAUUCGAAAAUAUCUCUGACUCCAACAGACUUGCGCUGCUUUUAUAUCUGGAAGCAUUAGGCAUAAAGGAUGGUAAAUUGCUAGAAACAUUGAACACUUCAAAGAACGAGAAAAUCAUGUCAAUCAUACAGUACUCCAAUGCCGUGUACUAUGGUAUGCUCACGUCGCAAUUAAACGAUCAGCCAUUGAUAACUAACUUUGUGAUAUUCCUUGCACAAUUGGACAAAUGCAUUUACCUGAUACUCAAGGAUGCUGCAGUAAAAGUCGAUAACAAGAGAUACGUAGAGAUAAGAAGAAACUUGAAAUGGCGCGCUCGUUUCUACAAGCUUGGAGAGUUUACUCUGAUAGAUAAAUUAAAGAAGUCAAGCAGUCGAUAUGAGAAUCUCGAUCAGAUCUCUUGGCUACUAAGAGUCCAUUACAAGUGGUUGAUAAAAUUUUUGGAAAAUAUAUUUCAACUCUCUAAGGACCUGGCGCUUCGGGACGAAUGCAGCAUCGAGAUUGACUCACUGCGCGCUAUGAUAACAGAGAUAAACAAAAGUCUGAUAACGGUGCAGGAUCGUUUUCGUAAAUUGUCAAGGAAGAUAAAGUUAUAUCUGGAUCUACCACAGCCAUAUUCGUCCGAGGAGGUUCUGAGUGUGUAUAAGAUAUUGAAAAAUGUGUCAAACAAUUUUUCUACGUGGAAGGACAGACAGGCGGGUAAUAAAUUGAAACAGGAAUUGAAAAUUGCUUGUCUUCAGUUCGAGGAAAUUCUAGAAGCAAGAUCCAAAGCGAUAACCCUUUGGCACGAUAUUUACCUGGGCAAAGAAUUGAACGAUGCCGCGUUAUCGACGACUUCGGAGAUUGUGCAACAUUGCGAAGGGAAUUAUUUGUCUUUGAGAAAUUCCGUGGAGAUUUCACAGGUAGUAGCCAGAGUGCACGACAUCAACGAGAAGGAAUUGACGUUAAUGGCCGCCAGGGUGCAACUGUGGCCAAUAUACGAAUACAUGUUCCUAAUAUUGACAGCGUCACUUCAGAAAAGAGUAUCCGAGAAAAUGUUAAACAAUGAAAUGGAUAUGAACAGGACUUCUUGUCUCUUUCCAAAAUUUGCUGAAAUUCCAAGCAUACCCAUAAACCUGUUAGCUGUUUUAAAUGCGAUUCUAAUAAAGAUCGAUAACCCCAUCGAGCGGAAUCAAUUAAUGCCUGAGCUAUUCAUUUGGCUCACACGUUUCGCACAUUCCUCCUACGCUGUCAAAGGUUCUAACAGAUUGUUACACUGGAAUGGAAUAAUCGAAGAAGACAUUGAGAAGUUUAUGGUAGCUUCAGAUGACACGGAGGUGGAGUAUCCGAUCGAAGGACCGAUACUGGUGAAUUUAAUAUCUGAAUUGAUAUUAGAUAAGACUUCAAGUGCUAGGGAGCAAUCAGUGCUAGCUAUGGCCACUCUAGGAACAUAUAGAGCGCGAAUAAAUCAGUUAAGAAUCCUCAACGAGAUCCUAUGGCAGAAUAGCGCGUCUUUGAACUCGGAGCAAUAUAAUUACGCUCUUAAUGAUAUUGGCACGCUCAAGUAUCACUUGAGCGUAUUCCUAUCAGCGACUGAUAAGAUGGAGAAGAUGGACAAGGGCGCAGUGAGCAUCGUCAUGGGAAAAAUAGAGAGUGAAGUUAUCGACAAGAAAAAUGAUCUGAUAUCUCGACUGGAGCGCGACUAUCUCGAACCACUGGCUGAACUUGGUGAACUUUCAGCGAAGUUGGGAGCUAUGGAAAAAAUCAAAGAUGAUAUCCUGCACAGAGGUAAAGCGUGGACGUUACUUGGUUACCUCCAGGUCUUCCUUUUUGGCAAUGUGGGCCAUAUCGAUCCUGUCCUCAAAAUGGGACUCAGACAACGUUACCUCGAGGAAGACAUAGUGGACUGUAAGAGUACGAUUUACAUAGCGCUACUGAACUCGCGAAUUCUCGGAGAUGAUUUAGAUAGUCGCAACCAGCAUCCACGUAUUCUGGAGAUGAAGAACAGUCUUAGGAACUUACUGGAGGAGAAGGACGAUCUUAAGAGUUUCAGUAAGGUUAAUAGAUCACCUAGUGAAUUCACUGCGUUGGCUAAGGAAACCGCUAGCUUCCGGAACACUCUAGGCUCUUACGAUGUUGUGCGUAACCACGUAGAACGACUAACGGAUGUGAUUGCGCGGCUACAGAAAGAACCGAAUGGCUUGAGAGUAAGGAUGGCUGAGGAUGCUACACGGCAGGCAGAGAUGUGGCAGGAAUCCUUGGAACGUUUUUCUGAGCAAAUAGAAAAUAAAUUUCUACCGGGUUAUCCGGAUAUAGUGCUGCCUUUACUAUCUUCCGUAACUCAAUUGAAGCACGGGAUACGGAUACUGGCGAAUGAAACGAAGAAAUUGAUAUCCUUGGCUCGAACGAGUCUUGGUUCAUACACGGUCGAGUCUCUGCUGUACAAUCUAGUGCGAUUUCCAAGUAUUGGUCCCGAGCAAACCAAUUUAUUAGAACUAGUAGACCUGUGCACGUCUCCGGCUACUCGAGAACUCAUUAACAAGAAUCUCAAUGCCGGCAACGUUUUCGCUUCUCUGCAGGAACAAUUUAGAAUCAUGAAAUCCGGUCUCUGUGAACUCUACAAUCACAUUGCACUGGGCAAGGAACUCAGUCGGCCAAUGUGGUCGAAGCUAAAUAAAUUACUACAGCAAAUCGUCCUGAUCUGGAGGCAGCAACAAGCUGAGCUCGAGAAACGCGAGGCAGAGAAGGAGAGUUUGUACAAGAAUCAAGCACAGAUAAAGGGUGAAUCUUUAACGGAUGAAGAAGAGAUUAAGCAGGAACUUCGUAAUUUAUUCCCUACGUAUCGUGACGCUGAUUUUUCUGACAUUGACAGUAUAGAUAAACCAUCCUUGGAACAGCGAGAGGAACUUGCAGAAGAGACAGAACGAUUUGAAGCAUUGAUAACAGAGGACGACGUCAAGGAAGUGCAGGAAAUGCAUUCCAGUAUCGUCGUCUCAUUCACGAGGAGUCAAUGGUUGAAGAACAGUUCAACUAUCAGUGGAUCAAAUUACAUGAAACCAUUGAUUCAAAGAUAUAAGACAUUUGGUCUUUUAUUAGACAACGUCAAUCCUGCUUUAACGGCUGAUCUAACGCCUAAGCUUUACACGAGUCUAAAUCUUUUAACUGCAGUAACAGCAUCCCUUAGUCAGGGCACCAGUAUUGAUCCUGAUAACGAAGAUAAGACUAAUAUCCAAAUGAAACAACGCAAAUCAUAUGAUUUUUACAAGGAUAGUAACGUUGAAGAGAGUAACCAAUGUUUACUAUUGUUAGAACGUAUUAUAAAUAGAGUUGACGAGCUGUUAUUAGAAUGGCCUGAACAUCCUACCCUGAAAUCGAUAAAGAUUAUAUCACAGAGAGUAUACAGUUUUCCAGUGACAUCUUCAGUAUCCAGAUUCUUGACUGGAUUGGAAUUACUUUUAGUCAAGAUGAAAGAGUGGGAGGAAAAUGCACACAGCGGUGUCAGUUUACUAGAAUACUCUUUAUCAUUGACGCAGCAGAUUAUAUCUUGGAGAAAACUUGAACUCGCAUGCUGGAAAGAUUGCCUUAAUGUUUCUCAAGAGCAUUUGAGAUCGCAGACUUCAAAAUGGUGGUUCUUCCUCUACGCACUGAUAGAAUGUUACAUUACCAAACCAUCAUCGCAGAUGACCAAUGAUACUGAGUCAGAAGUAACUGGGGAUGCUGAUAAGGAGGAACCGAUAACACCUAAGAAAUUGAUAGAAUCAUUGGAAUUAUUUGUUAAUCAAUCUAAUCUAGUGGAGUUUAAUACCAGGUUGGAUUUACUUUUGACAUUCCAUUGUCAUGUAUAUCAUUUGAAUCCUAGUCAGGAACGUGAGGAGCUUUUAGCUAUUCUCUGGAACGUAUAUCAUUAUUACGAUCAGUUUAGAAACAACGUAAACGGAAAGAUCAAUACUCUGAAAGCUCCCAUAGAGAAGAAACUGAAGGAUUAUGUUAAGAUAGCUAGGUGGAACGAUAUCAGUUACUGGGCAAUAAAGGAAACUGUGGAAAAGACACAUAGAGCUUUACACAAGUUCAUAAAGGAAUUCGAAACCGGUUUAAAGGAGAGUGUAGCAGGUUGUUUGAUAAUAAAACCAUUACCAUACAAUGCAGAGGCAGACAAAGGAAUUUGGGAUCGUCAAAGCGAAAGAAUAGCUACGAUAAAUCCCCAACACUUUAUUCUACCAAAAAUUACAGAAGAGCAAUACAACCUCGAUUCAGGAUCAACAAAAACAGAUCUCAUAUCACGAGCUGACAAAUUAUUGAACAAAUCUAGAAAAUUGUGCAACGAAACAAUUCUAAUGUCAUCCUAUCCAGGCUUACGAACAGGAUUAGAACAACUAAUUGAGGAUUCAAUGGAUCGUAGUGUUCAUUUAAGAAAUUUAGAAGUUGAUCGUACCCUGCCAAAACCAAAACAAAAAUCCCAAGCCAAGAGUAUUCUCCAGCAGAAGAAAAUGGCUCUGGCAGACUAUUUCAAGAGACUAACACGUAUCGGCGUAUCUUAUCGUACCGGUGUCUUGACCUGGAAAAAUAAACGGGACACGAUCAUAGAUUUAACGGUACCGCCAGUGAAUUUAUUCGCCAGUGCGCAACAGUUGAAAAUAAAGAAGAUAGACGAGCAGAUGCUUACUGAGUGGGAGGGUUGUGAAAAGUAUUACUAUAGGUCGCUCGUAGAAAUAAAUGCUCUGAACGCGUUGCUUACCAGCAACAAUACAGACUUGGGGCUGCAGAACAUGGAACGUUGUAAAGGAUACUCAGCUCAUGUAAUGCUGAUGGCUCACAAACAGAAGAGAACCUUGGCUGAUGCUUACAAUCAUUUUAUAUUGUUGCGCACACAUUUAGAAAAUUUGAAGAACUCCAGAUACGAUGAUUACACCCCAAAGCAAGAUGAUUUGAAAGGAUCUGUGGAUCAAUUUAAACAGUUGAUGAUCACAGUACAGAGUGGUCUGGAACAAGUCCAACUGUAUUUACAGGCUUGUCCAGCGGUUAAUGAUUCUGAAUUGUGCAAUGAAAUUUUAUCAUUGGAUACUGACGAUGUUCCUAUUAUUGUAGCUAGGAAAGGCGAUCCUGUCUGGUUGGAGGCUGACAAUCUCAUAAGGGAUUCUUUGAUGUUACUACAAACUACUGCUAAGAAAUUCAUCGGUGCGUGUGCUCAGUUGGAAGUUGUAGUAAAAGUGGAUAAUUCUUAUUCCAAGCAAAGUACUAGUCUUACAUCGUUUCACUUUAAGAUGCUGAUGGAAUUUUGCAAGGUUCUUGAAAAUGUUAAGGCAUCUAUUUGUCAAUUGGGUAAAGUCUUUGGGAGUGAGAGGAAUGUGACGCAUCCUCUGUUGGAUAAUAUUUAUUUUUUCAUGACAGAGAUUGAGCAGGGUAUUACUAAGUUCCAACAACUUUCUACCGCAUCGUGCGAUACAAAUGAAUUUGGGGUUAAUGAGAUUCCUGGGAAAUUUGAAGCUAAUUUAGAAAAGCUUAUGAACACGCUGCUAUUAGCUAUACAGAAGAAGUACAAGGAUAGUAUAGCUGAAGUAGAUAUACUUGAAGAAAGGGAUAACGAGGAGAAAGAGAUCGAAAAGAAUGAAGAGAAGAAAGAUGAUGAAUACGAGGAUGAUGAGGAAAAUGGAUUACGUGAGAAGUUGAUUGAAUCGCUUGAUAAGGAUAUAAGGGAAUUGAAACUCCGUGAAAUUUCACAACAGUUGAAUGAAAUUCUGUUGAUGAUACAGGAUGUGGAUUCUUAUACUGCUAAUCGUUGUAACCGAUUACUUGGUAAGUGUUUACCAUUGUUGGAGCAGUAUCUUCUAUUGUCCCAGUUCUUUUUGAACGAACAAGUGGCUUCCUUCAGGGUGACUUGCAAAAUCCUGCACCUGCAGCUAAACGUGUUCCUGGAUUUGGCAUCUAACGGUUUUUGCGUUCCAAAGGAUCUUGAUUUGGAAGAGGGAGAUGCUAAUGGUGAGCAGGAAGGCGUUGACAAGGGUGGUAUGGGACUGGGCGAUGGAGAAGGUCAGAAAGAUGUUUCUGAAAGGAUAGAAUCAGAAGAUCAACUGGAGGAUGCGAGACCAGCUGGGCAAGAGAAGGAAGAACCAGUUGAUAAAGAUUGUAAAGAGGAAGAUAAAGGUAUUGAAAUGUCUGAAGACUUUGAUAGUAAGUUACAAGACUUGGAGAAGAAUGAGGAUGAUGAAGAUAACAGUGAGAAAGAAGAUGAAGAAGAAGAUCUGGAUAAGCAAAUGGGUGAGACUGAACAAGGUGCUGAUAAAUUAGAUGAAGAGAUAUGGGGUGCCGACGAAGAUGAAGCUGAGAAUGAAAACGACGAAACGGAAGAGAACAAAGAGGAAACCGGAAAAGGUGAGCAGACAGGCGAAAAGGAAAUGGGAGCUAAGGAUGAGCGUAAUGAUGGAAAGAAUGAAGAGGAGGAACGUGAGGAACAGGGACAGCAGGAAGAGCAGAAGAAGGAAAUAAAUGAAAUGGAGGAACCGGAAACUAACGAGGAUCAAAUUGAUCCAUACCAUGGAAAGCAUCAGCCAGAACCGGAACCAGAGCCCAUGGAUUUGCCGGAAGAUAUGAAUUUGGACGAUGAAGAGGGUAAGGAGGAUAAUCCAGCUGGUGAAGAUAAUCCAUUUGACAUUGACGAAAUGAAGGAUGCUAAACCGCCGCCAGAGAAAGAGGAAGUUGAAAAUACUGAUGAAGAUAAAAAGGACGAUAAACUUCCGGAAGACUCCAGUGACGAAGAGAAUGAGGAUACGCGUGAAGAUAUAAAGGAUCUAGAUAACAAAGAGGAUAAAAUGGAGGAAGAGGCAUCAGAAUCUGAUAAACAAACAGCUACUCAGGCACCGGAAGAAGAUAACAAAGAUCAAGAAGAUGAGACAGAUAAGAAUGCGGAAGAAGAUAAAGAACGGGAAGAAGAAAAAGCGACACCAAGUGCCGACGAUGGUAGCAAAGAAACUGAUGCUGCGGAGCAAGCAGAAAAUAAACAAGAUGGAUCCCGGGACAAGAUAGCAAAUCAAUCAGAGGAUAAAGAACAACAAGAAGCUUCUGAAGAAAAUACCCAAGAUGACAACAACGACAAAGGCACCGGACAGGCGCAAUCCGAGCAACAAGAUUCAGGACAUUCAGGAUCAUCGAUGCAGAACAGUGUACCAAUGGCGGAGAGGCCACAGGAGGAUAAACAAAAAGAUAAGAGAAAGAAUCCUGGAAAGAGUGAUGAAAAUCGAAGCUUAUUAGACAGAAUCGAACCGGAUAAAAAGAAGCAGAAGAUGAUACAUGCAGAAGAUGAAAUGCCACAGGAUGAUAAUCAAGAAGAAGGUGAACGGAGAACAGAAGAUGGUGAAGCUGAUAUGUGUCAACAUGUUAAGCAGACAGAAAAAUUCGACGACUACGCACAAGACGCGGCUACAGAAGAGCAAAGUAAGCAACAAGUGGCAAAUCGAGAGGAUGAAAAGGAAGAUGAGGAAAAAGAUGAGAAUAUGGAUAUAGAUAUGCAUCAAGAUGAAGAGGAGGAAAUGAAUAAAGAGGAAGAAGCUGCUGUUAAGCAAAAUCCAGAAAAAAUGCCAAAGAAUGAUGACAAAAAGGAGAAGAAUAAAUCCAAUGAAAAGGGAAAUAAUGCCGAAGAAGGUCAAAUGGAAACUGUGGUAGAAGUCGAAGGAGACAUAACUGAAACUCUCAGGGUGGAUAGAGGUGACGAGUCUGCAUUUUUCACAAACAUCAUUGACACUGAAGAAAAUCUUUUAACUGUUAAACAAAUUGAAAGAAAACGUCUUGAGGUUGAAAAAAUGUUGAGUCAAUGGACAAAUAUCCCACCUACCGAAGAAGCCACCGUAGCCUGGAACUGCUUAAGUGCAGUGACCGAUGCUGCUGCUAGAGAUCUUUCAGAGAAACUGAGAUUAGUUUUAGAACCGACACAGGCAUCUAGAUUAAAAGGAGAUUACAGGACUGGUAGACGGAUUAACAUGAGAAAGAUCAUCCCAUACAUUGCUAGUCAGUUUAGAAAAGACAAAAUUUGGUUAAGGCGCACUAAACCUUCUAAAAGGGAUUACCAGAUUGUUUUAGCCCUUGACGAUUCCAGUAGUAUGGCAGAUAAUCACUCCAAGGAAUUAGCAUUUGAAUCAUUAUCAUUGAUAAGCAAAGCUAUGACCUAUUUAGAAGUUGGACAACUGUGUGUUAUUAGUUUCGGUGAAGAACCCAAUGUACUUCAUCCACUGGGAGAACCUUUCACCGAACAAAGUGGCUCCAGAUUAAUGCAAGAGAUGCGAUUUGAGCAAAAGAAAACCAUGAUGGGACAAUUGGUUGAUUUCACUGUUGACAUGUUCGAUAGCCAACCUACCUCCUCGGACAAUGCAAAGUUACUUGUCGUACUCUCAGAUGGCAGAGGUGUAUUUUCUGAAGGAACUGACCGCGUCAAUCGUGCUGUCAGAAGAGCAAAACUUGCUGAUAUAUUUCUUGUUUUCAUCAUAGUUGACAAUCCAGUUAAUAAGGAUUCAAUAUUGGACAUAAGAAUGCCUAUGUUCCAAGGUGGAAAACUUCUUGGCAUUCGAUCCUACAUGGACAGCUUUCCGUUUCCGUUUUACAUGAUCCUCAGAGACAUAAACGCUUUACCAGGAGUGCUGAGCGAUGCUCUCAGACAGUGGUUCGAAGUCGUUGGUAAAAUUGACAGUUGAAUAAGUCUACUUAUAAAGUUUAGGGUUAAACAUAUGUAAGUAGCGCUGUAUAAAAGUAUUAGCAGUAGAUCAAAUACAUUCCUAUCACGUGACAAGA